CUCUAUCGAUUACCUGAACAUGAUGCGGAGUACGAUGAGCAGUACAUGAGUGACUAUACAUCCUCAGGUGGGGGGGUUGUCACUGGAAGUGCAUCACUUGCUUCUCGGCAUCUUGUCGAUCAGACUAUUAUUACUCGUUCCCCAGCAGAUAUGCCGCUUAUUUCUAUUGCUUCACCCACACAGCCGGAACCUGUUCCUCCAAUCCUUCGAUCUGUCACUGUCACUGCUACUGCUCCACAAUCAUCUCCUCUCCUGACAAACUUAGUUUCUGGACUCCAGGAUGCAGAAAAAUCUUCUCCCACAGCAAUAUUGGCUACUGGAGUUGGUGUUGCCCAGGUGAGAAAUCUCUUUCUUUUCUCCAAUUAA